AUGACUACUAGAGCAUUUCGCAAAUUUUAACCUAAAAUAACACAUGCUGUUACCGCUACAUGCUAGUAAUAAUAACAGUAAAAACACACAUGUUUUUGACUUAUGUGCUGUUAUUAUUGAAGUGUUGAUCUAAUGCUGACAAAAUUAUUUUUGAGAACUUUGUUAUUGUAAUAGUAUUAUCAUACUUAACGUUUAUUUAAGUAAUUACGAUGGGUAAAAACGCACGACAUAAAAAAGUAGUAAAAUCAGAAAGAGCCAAAGUUAAACUAAAGGCUAAAAAAUUACCCAAAGAGACAAAUGUAACGGAUACAAACUUCAAAAUAAAGAAAAUUAUAAUUAGUAAACAAUUGGAAUCACACGAUGGAGACUUAUUGACUUCAAAAAAAUUAAAUAUACAGGAUUUACUUGUACGAGUUCGGCAUUAUAAUGUAUCAUCACGAACAGAGGCUUUAAUAGGCAUUCGAGAAUUAAUCAGUGCUUAUCCGACGGAAUUAAUUGAAAAACAUUUGAAUGCACUUUUAGAAAAUGUAACUAGAUUAACUACCGAUAUUGAGAGUAGUGUAAGAAAACAAUGCUAUAAAGUUCUUCCAGAUAUUUUAAGUUCUGUACCAGCUGUAAAAAUUGCACCUUACUAUAAUUUGUUAAUAUCAUAUUUAUGCUGUGCUAUGACACAUAUAAAGCAAAAUAUUCAAGAAGAUUCAUUAAUAUUUAUGGAUAUAUUGAUACAAAAAACUCCGACGUUAUUCCCUAAUUAUUUUAUUAAAAUAUUUCCUAGUUUUCUAAAUUUAAUAUCAAAAGUACAUAAUGAAUCGAAAUUAGAUAGAAAAUUAUCAACGACGUUGAAUAGUAAACAGACUACGGUUAAAUGGCGUACAAAGGUGUUACAGCGCUUAGAAGAUCUAUUGAAUGCUGUUGUUUUCAAAGAUAAUAAUCGGGAUUUAUUGAACAUUAAAGAAGUUUAUGUUGACAAAAAAUACGAUAAGAGUUGCUAUAAUUUUUUUGCUUUAUAUAAUUAUAAUAUUUUACAAUCUAAUGUACCAUUAUCGAUGUUUUGUACCGUAAACACACUUAAUCACGGUGAAGACGUUUUGUUAAAAUCUGUAAACAUUAUUAUUCCACUGUUGUUUGCUAUUUGGAUAGAAUGUAAACCAAAUGAUGAAAAUUUUCAAUUUGAAUCCGCAUUAUCAGACGAAGCAUUAAGUACGUUAAAUCAUAUACUAAAAAUUUUAAAGUUAAUUUGGAUACAUUUAAAAUGCAAUGGCCAUCUGAGAACUCACAGUACAUUAAUAUCUGAAUUUUAUACACAAAUUGAUAAAAAUUUUGGUAAACAAUUUGUGGAAAAUUUUCCAUAUGUAAAAAGUGAAAACAUAAGAAAUCAUCAACAAAUAAAUAAUAAUCGUGCUGGCGAUUCACAAUGCUGGGAACAAAAUUUGGAAAUAGUGAAUUUAUUUUUGAAAUUUCAUCCCAUAUUAAGACAACAAACAUUUUCUGUUAAACAUAGUAACGAUGUUUUAGAAUAUUUAAAAAAUUGUUUAUUAAAUAGUCGUAAAUUAAAUCAGGAAUGUACCGCGAUUUUAUGUGAAAUUCUCAAAGAUUGUUUUUCAGUGGAAUAUAACAAACUUCAUAAAAAUGAUACUCAUAAUAUUUUGAGAAUGACAAUUCGUAAUUUUAAUAAAAAUCAUUUUAAUGAAAAUAUUCGUAAUGAUAUUUUUAAUUUACUUUGUGGCGUAUUAGAAAAUGAAAAAUUGGCUAAGUGCGACGAAUAUCAAGUAUUUCUGAAAACAUUACCAAUCAUGUUAGCUAAAGAUACAAUUUCAAUGCCAAUUUUAAAAACAGUUGCAAAACUUUGCAGACAAAACAACCAAAUUGUAAUUAAUGGCAUAAAGGAGGGGCAUAAUUUAUUUAAAAUUAUUUCUAAUUUUGAAAAGUUCCAAUUAAAUAUGGGUAAAGAUGAAGAAGAUAAAGGGACACCCAUAGAAGUACUAGAACAAAUAUUGUAUUAUAUAAAAAAAUGAAGUACCUUUAUUAUUCAACUGAAAAAAUUUCAGCCCAAUGCUUAAAAUAUAUAAAAAAAUUUAAUUUUUGUAAAAAAGUUUAUGUAAAAUGCCACACUAAAACUCUAUAGAGAUUUAAUUGUAUAAAAAAUUAAUAAAAAAGAUAAAAAAUAAAAUAUUUUUAU